CAGCUCCGCGUCACCGUGUGAAGGCUCUUCCGUGUUUCACUUUCCCGUUUAUGCAAAACUUAAACAACUUACGUUAACACGAGAUGUUACGAAAUAAAAUUAUAAAUUUGACAGUGCGUGACGUGAGAUUCCCGACGUCCCUGGAACAACAUGGAUCUGAUGCCAUGCACACCGAUCCGGAUUACUCGGUUGCAUAUGUUGUGAUCGAGACCACGAACGCCGAACUGAAGGGUUACGGACUGACUUUUACAGUGGGAAAAGGAACGGAAAUCGUUGUAUGUGCAGUUAAAGCUUUAUCUUCCCUGGUGGUCGGGAGAACUUUGGAGGAGAUUGUCAGUAACUUCCGAGGUUUUUACAGACUGCUGUCCAGUGACGGUCAGAUGCGAUGGAUUGGACCAGAGAAAGGAGUCAUACAGCUUGCCACAGCUGCCAUUCUGAAUGCUGUCUGGGAUCUAUGGGCACGAGCGGAGGGCAAGCCCCUGUGGAAGCUCCUUGUGGAUAUGGAUCCUGCGCAGUUGAUCAGGUGUAUAGAUUUCAGAUACAUCACCGAUGCUCUGACUGAGCAGGAGGCUUUAGAUAUUCUUAUAAAAGCCAGAGAGGGAAAUCAGACGAGAGAGGAGCAGAUGUUAAGGGAAGGUUAUCCGGCUUACACCACCUCCUGUGCCUGGCUGGGAUACACCGACCAACAGCUCACUCAGCUCUGCUCUGACGCUCUCGCUCAAGGAUGGACGAAAUUUAAAGUGAAGGUCGGAGCCGACAUACAGGACGACAUUCGCAGGUGCGGCCUCAUCCGCAAGAUGAUCGGCCCGAACAACAUCCUGAUGGUUGAUGCCAACCAACGAUGGGAUGUUGCCGAGGCGGUCGCCUGGGUAACCAGUCUGGCGGAGUUCCGUCCGCUGUGGAUCGAGGAGCCCACAUGUCCCGAUGAUAUUCUCGGUCAUGCGUUCAUCUCUAAGGCACUCGCUCCCAUCGGCAUCGGAGUCGCCACAGGAGAGCAGUGUCACAACAGAGUGAUGUUUAAGCAGUUUCUCCAAGCGUCCGCGCUGCAGUUUGUGCAGAUCGACAGCUGUCGGGUGGGCAGCGUUAAUGAAAACCUCGCCAUCGUUCUCAUGGCUGCCAAGUUCAACGUUCCAGUGUGUCCUCAUGCUGGAGGUGUGGGGCUUUGUGAGCUUGUUCAGCAUCUCAUUUUAUUUGACUACAUCGCAGUGUCCGCAAGUUUACACAACAGUGGAAUUUCUGCUGAUCUUUAUACAAUCCCGACUGUGUUUAUCCAAGGAUGUGUGAGUACGUGGAUCACCUCCACGAACACUUCAGAAGCCCCACCAACAUCAGAAACGCCUGCUAUAUGCCACCAACUGAUCCUGGUUUCUCCUGUGAGAUGCUGGAAGAGUCGGUACAGAAGCAUCAGUUUCCUGAUGGAGAGGUUUGGAAAAACAUUCGGAAGCAGGACAAGUGAGGAAUAGAAACACAGACGUGAUGGUGAAGAUGAAUGACUGCACGUUAUUACACAGCUCUCUUGAAUACUUAAUUCUUUGUCAGUCGUGACAUUCCAAGGUCUGUUAUUGCCCCAAAACAGCCACCAUUUUUCAUUCAUUUCAUUUAUGCAUUUGGCAGACGCUUUUAUCCAAAGCGACUUACAUUGCAUUAUACUAUAUAUUUGUUUCCAAAACUGACAACACACCGUCCAUCUUGACUGGUGAAGUUUAAUACUUACAAAUUCUAUACGAAUAUACCUAAUUAAUGAGAUUUUAUUUACAAAUGAUUGAAGCUAAUUGAAUGUUGGUCUUGUUUGAACUGUGUGUCUUGGUCUAAAAUGGUUUUUCUUUGGAGAAGGUUUACAUUUGUUACAAAUCAGCUCAAUAAAACCUUUCAAAUCAA